AUGGCCCAGGGGACAAGGAUCCAUGUGAGCCUGGAGCAGCCCACAUCUGCUGUGUGUGUGCUGGGCACUGAGACUCAGCUAGAUGUCUACAGUGCCGCCCCUGAGGGUUGCACAAGCUUCAGUCUCAGUACUCCCCCAGGAGUGCUCGUUGAUGUUGCCCACAGCCCUCCCACUAAGAAGAACCCCACUUGUUCCUCCAAAUGGCCUCUGGACCCCAGGCUGGAGGUGAGCCUGAGGAUGAAGGCUGCCAGCCGCAGCACAGGUGACCAGAAGAUUCGUGUUUCAUACUAUGGACGGACAAAGGCCCCAGCCCAAGCUUUGAUCUACAUCACUGCAGUGGAAAUCUCUUUGAUCGGGGACAUCACUCGCACAGGCAAAGCGAAGCACUCGGUAAUCAAGAAAAACCAGAGGACCUGGACCUGGGGUCCUCGAGGACAAGGUGCCAUCCUGCUGGUGAACUGUGACAGAGACAGUCCCAGGUCUGCCAACAUGGACAGUGAGGAUGACAUCAUACUCAACAAGAAAGACCUGCAGGACAUGUCUCUAGUGACCUUGCACACAAGCACCCCCAGGGACUUCUUCAGAGACCACAGGCUGGUGCUCCAUGUGGCCAGAACAGAGAUGGACAAAGUCAGAGUGUUUCGUGACAAAGGGGACAAACAGUCAUCCAAGUUCAAGGCAAUCCUGGGUCCACAGCAGCCUGCCCACACCCUGGACCUUCCAGGGGGGCAGCACAAAGCAGACUUCUACGUGGAGGGCCUCACCUUCCCUGAUGCUGACUUCCCGGGGCUGGUCUCCCUCAACAUCUCCCUGCUGGAUGCAUCUGACCAGGGGCUUCCUGAAGCUCUGCUCUUCCAAGAUUCUGUGCCCUUCCGUGUGGCCCCCUGGAUCAUGACCCCCAAUACUCAAACCCCCAAAGAGGUAUACGUGUGCAGCACAGAAGAAAAUGAGGACUUCUUGAUGGCAGUAGCGGAACUGGCCAAGAAAGCCCAGUGCAAGCUGACUGUGUGCCCUGCAGAGGAGUACAUGGAGGACCGAUGGAUGCAGGACGAGAUGGAGAUUGGCUACAUCCAAGCCCCACAUCAGAUGCUGCCGGUGGUCUUUGACUCUCCGAGGAAUGGAGGCCUGAAAGACUUUCCCAAAUACAUGCUGGGUUCAGAUUUUGGUUAUGUGACUCGAGGGCCCCAAAAGGAAGGAGCUACUGAUCUUGACUCCUUUGGGAAUCUGGAAGUGAGUCCUCCAGUCACAGUUGGAGGGAAGAAAUACCCUCUGGGCAGAAUUCUUAUUGGAAGCAGUCUUUACCCCAGCACCAGCAGCCAGGACAUGCACCAGGCCCUCCUGGACUUCUUGGGGGCCCAGCUGGUACAGGCCCCGAUAAAGCUCUACUCUGAUUGGUUGCUCGUGGGUCACAUCGACGAGUUCCUGAGCUUCGUGCCUGCUCCCAACCAGGGCUUCCGGCUGCUCCUGGCCAGCCCCAGGUCCUGCUACAAACUGUUUCAGGAGCAGCUGAAGCAGGGCCGCGGGGAGGCUGUGCUGUUCGAAGGCAAGAAAAAGAAACAGCCAAAAAUAAAGGAAAUUCUUUCCAACAAGAAACUUCGGGAACACAAUUCCUAUGCAGAGAGCUGCAUCGACUGGAACCGGGAGGUGCUGAAGCGGGAGUUGGGCCUUUCAGAGCAAGACAUCAUCGACAUCCCCCAGCUCUUUGACCUCCGGAAGGAUGGCAGAGGAUUCCUCAAGGCUGAGGCCUAUUUCCCAAACAUGGUCAAUAUGCUGGUGCUCGGCAAACACCUGGGCAUCCCCAAGCCCUUCGGACCCAUCGUCAAUGGCCACUGUUGCCUGGAAGAGAAGGUGCGUGCACUGCUGGAGCCACUAGGCCUGCACUGUACCUUCAUCGAUGACUUCUAUACUUACCACAUCAGGCAAGGGGAGGUGCACUGCGGCACCAACGUGCGUCGGCAGCCCUUCUCCUUCAAGUGGUGGCACAUGGAGCCUUGA